AUGGGCAUUGACACGCUUCCAGAUGUCGAGGAAUCGGCAGAACCCUCUAUAUGUGCCCUAAGGGAGCCUGAUUUAUUCCAGCAGGAGCAUCCAAAGAAAUCUUGGGGCUCCUGUGACCUGAACGAAAAGCCAAAGGGCGUUUCAACCUCCAGUUACGAUCUUCCGCCCAAAGCGGAUCCGAGUGCAUUCCCAGAGCACGCCCUGAACACCAACUCAGAUCUCACCAGUCAAAGUCAUCUUCUGGAGCCGGCUCAGAUUGCUGAGCUCUUCGAGACAGACCUGAACAAUGGACUAUCAAGUGCCGAAGCCAGUGAGCGCCUCAAGAAAGAUGGUCCAAAUACCGUGCAGGAAAUCAAGGGCGUCUCCGUCUGGGGGCUACUGCUAAGACAAGUGUCGAACAGUUUGACCUUUGUACUACUUAUAACCAUGGCCCUAUCAUUUGGCAUCGACGACUACAUUGAAGGAGGCGUCAUCACCGCGGUGAUUCUCUUGAAUAUCGUUGUUGGCUUCUUUCAAGACUACCGCGCAGAGAAGACGAUUAUGUCCUUGCAGCGCCUGUCUGCGCCGGUCUGCAAUGCCAUUCGAGAUGGCCAAAUACGCCCAGUCAAAGCGGAGACCUUGGUGGUGGGUGAUGUUGUCCGGCUAGCGGUCGGGGAUAUUGUUCCAGCGGAUCUUCGAUUGUUUGAGGGAAUGAAUGCUUCUAUGGAUGAAGCCCUCCUGACGGGCGAGUCCCUGCCGGUUCUGAAAACCCCUUAUAAAACCCUGUCUUGUGCAGACAUACCGAUUGGCGAUCGAACCAACAUGGCAUAUUCGGGGUGCAGCACAAGUCAAGGCCGCGCCGCGGGAGUUGUCGUUGCAACGGGAAUGAACACCGAGGUGGGAAAAAUUGCGCAAUUGCUUCAAGCAAAAGACGCCGUCGACGACACCAGUCGGAUCGCUCACGCCUGGCGGCGAGUCAAACGGUCUGCGAUGAAUAUUCUGGGUCUCGUCGGCACGCCGUUGCAAGUGAAACUGAGUAAAUUCGCUUUGCUUUUAUUUGCUCUGGCUAUUCUCCUCGCUAUUAUUGUAUUCUCCGUCAAUCUGUGGGAUGUUCAGGGGGAGGUCUUGAUCUACGGAAUCUGUGUGGCUGUCGCCGUCAUUCCGGAGUCCUUGAUUGCUGUCCUCACCAUCACUAUCUCGGUGGGCACGAAAGCCAUGGCCCGUGGCAAUGUCAUCGUUCGCAAGUUACAAUGUCUGGAGGCCGUUGGAGGCGUAACGAAUAUCUGCUCCGAUAAAACCGGCACCCUCACCCAAGGCAAAAUGGUGGCUCGCUCCGCAUGGAUCCCAGGGGCUGGGAUACUGUCAGUGAGCCAGACCACCGAUCCAUUUGAUCCCACGAGUGGAGUUGUGCAACUUGACGAGAUCGAUUGGGACUCCGGACAUGCUGUUGAUCAGCACCCGGCUCUGCAUACAUUCUUGUCCGCUAUUUCUUUAUGCAAUCUUUCAAUGAUUCAUCACAACAACGGCAAUUGGAGUGCAAUCGGAGAACCAACUGAAAUCGCCCUGCAUGUUCUCGCCAUGCGCUUCAGUUCUGGGAAGAAGGAAGUGCUAGCUAAACGAGGGAUGGAACUGCACACCGAGUACCCAUUUGACUCUGCGAUCAAGAAGAUGACCGUGGUCUACCGAGACCUUGCAGCUGAAUGCAAUGAAGUAUUUACCAAGGGAGCUCCGGAGGUCAUCGUUCCGUCGUUGUCAAUUCCUGAGAAUGAGCAACGUGUGAUUCGAGAUACCGCAGAACGAAUGGCGGGAGAAGGUCUGCGUGUUCUCUGCAUAGCCUACAAAAAGGCACAUAUCAAUGACGAGCACGCAAUCUCCCCUCGCGCUGCUGCUGAGUCCAACCUUCACUUUGGUGGCCUAUGCCAGAUGGCCGGCAUUACUGUCCACAUGCUGACUGGAGAUCAUAUCAAGACAGCCACGGCUAUUGCCUCUGAGGUUGGAAUUCUUGAUCGAGUCUCGGCCAGCUUGAAGUCUAGACACCUAGUUAUGGCCGCAGAGGAUUUUGAUAAAAUGUCGGACGAAGAAAUUGACCGGAUUGAAGAACUGCCUUUGGUUCUUGCCCGCUGCAGUCCCACCACCAAGGUCCGUAUGGUUGAGGCUAUGCAUCGUCGACGGGCAUUCUGCGUCAUGACCGGUGACGGCGUGAAUGACUCUCCUGCCCUGAAACGAGCCGAUGUGGGCAUCGCCAUGGGGAAGAAUGGAAGUGACGCAGUCGAAGAAGGAAGACGUCUGUUUGAUAACAUCCAAAAAUUUUUGAUGCACUUGCUCAUUUCUAACAUUGCACAAGUCAUCUUUCUCCUCAUCGCCCUGGCGUUCAAGGACGCAGGGGGCGACUCGGUCUUUCCCCUAUCGCCUCUUGAAAUCUUGUGGGCGAACUUGGUUACUUCAUCCUUUUUGGCUGUCGGCCUCGGCCUGGAGGAAUCCCAACCCGACAUCAUGUAUCGCCCGCCUCAUGAUCUUCGGGUUGGCGUAUUCACGACCGAGCUGAUUGUUGACAAAAUGGUCUAUGGAACUUUCAUGGGUUCUCUCUGUCUUGUCUCUUUUGUCUGCGUCAUCUACGCUGCCGGCACUGGCACCUCAGAUCUGGGCGAUGGGUGCAACGAGGGCUACAACUCGACCUGCGAUGCAGUCUUUCGAGCCCGCGCAACCACCUACGCAACUUUGACGUUCCUCCUACUCAUGACCGCCUGGGAAGUCAAACACUUCUCGCGCUCAUUAUUCAACAUGGAUCCGAUCCGUUUCCCCCAUCGAUUUUCCGUUUUCCCCACAAUCUGGCAGAAUCGGUUCUUGUUUUGGGCUGUGGUGGCAGGCUUCGUGAUUGUCUUCCCAGUCAUCUACCUUCCCGUAGUCAAUGAGCUAGUUUUCAAGCAUCACGCCAUUGGCUGGGAGUGGGGAAUUGUGUUGGGCUGCACGGCUACUUACUUGGUCUGUGUGGAGAGCUGGAAGGCCGUGAAGCGGGCCUUUGGUAUUGGUAGUGGCAAGACUGCCAUUUUGACGCUGGAAGAUGCUGAAACCCGCGCUGGUCUAAGUACCUUUUCUCCCAUGUCUAUGAGUGCCAAUGCUAGCGUAGAGCUGAAGUAG